ACUUUAUUGUUAAUUUUGUGAAUGCUGCUGGUGCUUUGCUUCUCUUCUUAGCAGCAGAUCUGACUUUAUCAAGGACAUUAAGGAGAGAGCUUUAACGGAUUCUACUCAACUAAACAUCUAUUUGUUUGCAUUAACACCCAUCAGUCCUGUUCUUAACUGCAUCCACACUAUCAUCAUUAUCACGGAUGUGCAGCUCCAAGGAGAGGAGAUGUAUCAGGGCAUAAUGACAACCAACCACGGACCCCCCUCCUAUGAGGCCGGAUUUGCGGGCACCUCUCCGGUGUACGUGCCCACCACCCGGGUCGUCACCCCCAUGAUGCCGGCGCUGCCUUACCUCCAGACGCCGCCCGGUGCCGGUGCGUCGCAGCAGAGCAGCCCGGUUUCGAGCCACUCUGCCUGGGCGCAGCAGCCGUCGUGCGUCGCUGACUCGUACAACCACCACUCCUCCUCGGUGUCUCCACGUUUCGCCUUCUCCACCUCCACAAGUCCGCCUCUGUCCUCCACGGUGGUCCGGGAGACGGCUUCUUCUUACAGCAGCCCGUUAAACAUCUCUGCCAACGGCGUGAGGGAGCACUACGGAGCCCGGAGCCUCAGCGGGUCGUAUCACAGCCCGUACCCGGCCUACAUGAGCCCGAACGUGGGUGGAACGUGGCCGGCGUCGCCCUUCGAUAGCCCGGUUCUCCACGGUCUGCAAACAGGCGCGCAUCAUCAUCAUCAUCAUCAUGGCACAACAAGGCAUCCAAACAUAGACCUAUUUGAUGACUUUGCUGAGGGGCGAGAGUGUGUGAACUGCGGGGCGAUGUCGACCCCACUGUGGAGGCGGGAUGGUACCGGACACUACCUGUGCAACGCCUGCGGACUGUACCACAAGAUGAACGGCAUCAACAGACCUCUUAUCAAACCUCAAAGACGGCUGUCUGCCUCGAGGAGGGUGGGCCUGUCCUGCACCAACUGUCACACCACCACCACCACCCUGUGGCGACGAAACGCAGAGGGAGAGCCGGUCUGCAACGCCUGUGGCCUCUACAUGAAACUCCAUGGGGUACCACGACCCCUGGCUAUGAAGAAAGAGGGCAUCCAGACCCGCAAACGCAAACCCAAGAACCUCAACAAGCCCCAAUCUGGGACCCCAGGCAGUGAGGGGAUUCCUAUCACGCCGAGCAGCACUCCCCGGGCCUCCACCACCACAGAGGAGCCUCGCCAGAUAAAGACGGAACCGGACACUCACAGCUUGUACACACACCACAGCGCACACGCACAGAUUUCAGCCCUGCCAGCCUACAUGGCAGCUCCUCUCAAGAUGUCCCCUGGGGGCCACGGCGGGUCAUCUGGCUCCAAAGCUGAACCCUGGAACAACCUAAUCCUGGCCUAGAAGACCUAUGACCCAGCAUUUCAAACCUAUCUAUUGCGAUGAAACUCUCCUGAGAGACAAGCGUCUGCAGAAAGCAGACUGCCGCUCUGGAUGCAGAUGUUCCUGCAGCUUUACACACUGUACAGUGCCUUCAGUGCGACGCUCUGGGACAAAUAUGUGGGCACCACAAAAGAAAUGGAGAUCUUAAACAGAACUGUGAUAUAUGUGCGUUCAAUCACAGCAAUCGGUGGACUGAAUGGAGUUUGUUAAAGAGCAGCACUGUGAUCAGAUACACACAACAACAACUCUUGAUAUGAAAAACUGCAACAAGUCUUUUUUCACUCUACCAUGCCAGUGCAGAGGCAUUAAGUGACAGAUACUGUAACAUAAACCAGUAACAAAUAACAGUAACGGUCAGACUUUAUCUCCUAGAGUUAUUUUUUUAAAUUUUCACGUUAUUAUGGACAAUUUGUCAUAAAAUGAUGGACACACAAAACAUGUUAAGAAUCACAAAAGCACAUGUCAAAAGUAGCAUCAUGGAGGAGUUGUCAGUUCACAUUAAUAUAAAAACAACAACUAUAUAUUUUCACACUUGCAGAUAUGACAUCAAGGUGUAAUGGAGUUGAAUUAAAAUUAUAUAUAAAAUUCAAAAGCUAUGUCUCUUUACACAACAAA